AUGCGUUCCGCGAGCUACGUCCGAGCUGACGACACUAGGUGCCAUAGGACCACAAGGGGUGCCAUAGGAGUUGGUCUGAAGCUGUUCAGAGGUUUGGGUGGCGAUAAAGUGGCAUCAACAGCCGACCUUGACCAUGUCACUGCACCUGGACAGAGCCGACCAACUGAAGAAUCGCCCUGCUGUGGUGGGCCGUUCGUCCGUUGGCAACAAGAGACACUCAUGACGAGUCAUGACAAGUCAUGGCGUACUGGCGGAAAAAACAACACGAAUCAACAGCGGCCACACUUUGCUGAGUCGAUAUUGGAAUAG